AUGUUGAACGACGAAACACGCAGUAACCCAAACCCGCUGACCGAGCGGACGGCCAGCGAGCUGGAACAGGAUGUGCGCGAUUUCCACAGACGAAAAGAGCUUAGCAGCGUUGUCGAUGUCGAGCUCCUCGUGAAGGCAGCACUUAUAGCCCGUGACCGAAUCUACAUGCAGAUUUGCAGCCUGACGGAGCCCGAGAAGCGCGUGUUCGAGUCCGAGGAGAAGUUGGGGUUUUUUCAGCAGACGAAGGAGCUGAAAGUCAGCAUCCUGACGACUGCUUGUGCUGCGAUCAUUCAGGGAUGGCAGCAGUCAACGAUCAACGCCAGCUCGCGGGGCUGGCAGUGCCAGUUCCUUCUACCCAAUUCGACCGAAGAGCAACCCAUGGUUAAUGUUGUCCGGCAUGUAAUUGGGACAUGGCUCAGCGACCCCCUCCAGGAAUCUAAAUUUGGCCGUCGGUCUGCACUUUUCGUAUCGGCAUUAUUUUGUGCUGCAUGUGUGCUCGGCACCGCUCGGUGUGAUACAUGGCAACAACUCCUAGCUUGUCGACUCAUCCUUGGAAUUGGGAUAGGUGCAAAGGCGUCCAUUGCCCCAGUGUUUGCAGCCGAAGUAGCCGCAGACCAUUUACGAGGCCGGCUGCUGAUGAUGUGGCAAAUUUUUGACACGUUUGGUAUUUUCAUUGGGUUCCUAUGCUACUGGAUUGUCGGCCGAAGCUGGCGCGGCCUUCUCGGCAGCGCCGCAGUCCCUGCCCUUAUCCUCCUUGUCCUCGUCUUCCUGUGCCCGGAAUCGCCCCGGUUUCUCAUUAGAAGAGAUAGAUACCCAGAAGCCUUCCUGAGCCUCCGCCAACUACGGGGCUCCGAUAUCCAGGCUGCCAAAGACCUAUACUACAUCCACGCGCAGCUGCAAAUAGAGACUGAAUUGAUUAAUGGGAAGCGGCCGGAGGAGUGGUGGGCCAAAGAGGUCUAUCAGGAAAAGGUAAAGGCACAGUCAUUCUUCCAGAGAGUUGGGGCUCUUUUCAGUGUUCGGAGGAACCUGAGGGCUUGUAUUGCGGCGUUUCUCGUCAUGGCAGCGCAGCAGCUUUGUGGGAUCAACGUCCUUUCGUUCUACUCGUCUACGUUGUUUCGAUCAGCAUCUUCAACUUCUAGUACUAAUAACACGACGCUAAGCGAUUUCUCGAAUCCCGCUGACAUUGUCAACUGCGAAAUACCCAUGGACGAUACAGUCGCGUGGCUGAACUUCGGAUUCGGUCUCGCCAACUUCCUAUUCACAAUCCCAGCGUAUAUGUUCAUCGACAGAAGAGGCCGUCGUAUCCUUUUGCUUGUCUCUCUUGGGGGGAUGUUCUUCACCCUGGUCGCAACCAGCGGGUUCUUCCUGAUCAUCACGCCAGACGAUGCACGUAAAGGCCUCGUUUCUACGUUUACAAUUGUUGUGUUUACACUUUUCUACGGGAUCGGGGCUGGUCCUGUUCCAUUCACAUUCAGUGCCGAAGUCUUCCCUCUGGCAUUCCGCGAGGUCGGCAUGAGUUUCAGCGUCAUGGUGAACUUCAUCGGCCUGAGCAUCUUGAUUCUCUUUGUGCCCCCGCUGACUACUGCCUUCUCGCCGGAUGACCCCAACAGAGAUAAGGCGCGUUUAGUAGGCCAGUCUAAUUUGCUCUUUUUCUUUACCGUAAUGACUGUUGCGUCUAGUGGCCUGAACGCCCUUGCCUUCAUCCUAGUCUACUUCCUCGUUCCUAGCGGAACAGCGGGGAUUAGUCUCGAGGAGAUGAAUUCUAUAUUCAAUACUCGGACGGCCGUACACGCAUAUGAACACCUCCCUGCUGCGGUGAGAAGAAGAUGGCAGCCACUGGUUGUGCAAAAGGAGGGACAAGAACAUCAGCGAGAUCAACACCAUUUGCAAACCAUAUAUAGUAAUGUCUAG